AUCGAGCUCGCUACGGCCAAUACCUAGACGCUCCCAGCUUCGAUUCCCUCCACCCGCCGCCGCCGGAGACGCCACGCCCUCCGCCGUCGGCGACCUGCCCGAGGUACUCGAAAGGAGAGGCGGAGAGAUGUGGUACCUUUGCGUCUUCUACCACAGGCUCCUGGACUACCGGCGGCCGGAAGUGCAAUCGCUCGCCGAGCUCUUCGGUGGGCCCGGCGCCGGGGACGCCGUCGAGUGGCGUAUGCCGGAGAACCACCACGAGGACUCCCCCUUCCACCUCGUCCGCCUCCCCGGCGACGAGCGUCUGGCCGCGCAGAUCGCCAACCGCAGCCUGCUCGUGAAGGGGAUCUUUGAACUGUGGGGACAGGGUGCCACAUACGACGAACUGGAGAAGGCGAUACGGGAGUACCCCGACGAGAGGAAGCUGCCAUACCUGACGCCCGAAAGUUCGUUCAAGAUUGUCGUCGACAGCUUCGGCAAGGUGAUCAGCUUCGAAGAGCAGAAUGAGAUCAUAAAGGGGUUCACUUACAUCCCAUUCGAGGGCCGUGUUAAUUUGAAGAAGCCCGAACACAAGUUCUUUGUCUUGGAGACUGAUGAUUAUGGGUCACAAAAUGGCCUCCCACCAGUUGUCCAGAAGACGGUAUUCUUUGGCCGGGAGGUUGGAGCAGCAGACAGGCAUCUAUUGCCGACGUAUCAGUUGAAGAGCAGGAAGUACAUUGGUCCGACUGCAAUGGAUUGUGAAAUGGCGUUUCUCAUGGCCAACCAAGGGCUCGCACGGACUGGGAAACUUGUGUAUGACCCUUUUGUUGGCACUGGGAGUAUUUUGGUCGCCGCUGCACAUUUUGGAGCCAUGACUAUGGGUGCAGAUAUUGAUAUAAGGGUUGUGCGGGAUGGUCGUGGUCCUGAUUGCAACAUUUGGAGCAACUUUGAGCAGUACAAGUUGCCAGAGCCUUUGUGUGUGCUGCGAGCAGAUAACAACCUGCCACCUUGGCGUCCAGGAUUGAAGGAGAUAUUUGAUGCAAUCAUUUGCGAUCCCCCAUAUGGCGUCCGAGCUGGUGGGCGCAAGUCGGGUGGUCGGAAGCUCCUAAAAGGCAUCAUCCCUCCGUACACAGUUCCGGACGAGAAGAGAGAGAACCACAUUCCAUCAACCGCACCAUAUAGCCUUGCCGAGUGUGUUCACGACCUGCUCCACCUUGCUGCGAGAAUGCUGGUGGUUGGUGGCAGGCUCGUCUUCUUCUAUCCAAUGUUGCGGGAGGAUGAUGCUGCUGGUGUGGCGAAAUUUCCGGAGCACCCCUGCUUCAAGCUGGUGUCCUCCUGCGAGCAGAUCCUAAGCCUGCGGUACAGCCGGGUCCUGCUGACCAUGGUGAAGGUGGGGCCCUACACGGAGGAGGUCGAGAGGAUGGGCGAGGAGCGGCACCAGGAGUUCAGGGAGAACCACCAGAAAUGGAUGGAGGAAGGCAACCUGCACACCGCCGUGUUCAGCCCGGCGGAGCAUGAUAAGAAGCCCGAAUCUGAUAGAGGUUCCAAGCCCAAGUACAGAGGCAAGUACGUGUAGUGAUGGAAACACUCUGGGAUCGAUGACAAAUUUUGUUGGUCUUCUGUUGUUUGUAUCUUUCAGUAAUGGCUCUUGUAUGGCUUGUGCUAGGUUUACAAGCCAGCGCCAAUUAGUGCAAGGAACUGUAUGAUGAACUUCAACUUGAUAUCUUGGGAGGCUAGCUCAUUUUGAUGAUGAACUGUAGUUUUCUAA